AUGAUGGGAUCCGGAGAUGGAAGUGACAAUCUACAUCAUCGUUGGUCUCAUCUGAGGAAGAUUUUGGAGAGGCCGGGACCGUUUUGUCAUCCUGAUUUUGAAGCAUCCCCAGAGACACUUAAUUUUUUAAUGAACUCCUGCAAAAUUCUCGUUAUUGGUGCCGGUGGAUUAGGAUGUGAACUCCUGAAAGAUCUUGCCUACAUGGGAUUUAGGAAUAUUCAUGUCAUUGAUAUGGAUACAAUAGAACUUUCUAACCUGAACAGACAAUUUCUGUUUAGACACAAGGAUAUUGGGAAGUCGAAAGCAGAGGUUGCAGCAAAUUUCAUAAAUACAAGAAUUCAAGGAUGCCAUGUUGUCCCUCACUUUAGUAAAAUUCAAGAUUUUGAUGAAUCAUUUUACAGACAAUUCCACAUUGUUGUAUGUGGUCUAGAUUCGAUUGUCGCUCGUCGUUGGAUAAAUGGGAUGAUAAUAUCUCUUUUGAAUUAUGAAAAUGGAGUAUUGGACACAUGUUCAAUAAUACCAAUCAUUGAUGGAGGAACAGAAGGUUUCAAGGGGAAUGUACGUGUCAUCCUGCCAGGCAUGACUGCUUGUAUUGAUUGCACUUUGGAUCUUUUUCCUCCCCAAAUUACUUAUCCGCUUUGCACUAUUGCAAAUACUCCUCGCUUACCUGAGCAUUGCAUUGAGUAUGUAAAAGUUAUUCAAUGGCCUAAAGAAAAUCCCUGGAGUGUCCCCAUAGAUGGAGAUGACCCUCAACAUAUAAGCUGGAUUUACGAAAAAUCAUCCGAGAGAGCUGCUCAGUUCUCAAUUCCCGGGGUAACUUACCGCUUGGUACAAGGAGUAGUGAAGAAUAUAAUACCUGCAGUUGCUUCAACAAAUGCUGUUGUUGCAGCAGCAUGUGCUACUGAAGCUUUCAAGCUCGCUACAAGUUGUUGCCUGCCCCUUAAUAAUUAUAUGGUCUUCAAUGAUUUGGAAGGUGUGUACACAUAUGCUUAUGAGGCUGAAAGGAAGGAGGAUUGUUUAGCCUGCAGUCAAGUCCCUCAAAAAAUUGAAUUCAAAGCGGAUUGUAAAUUGGAAGAACUUAUUGCCCAUUUGUGCGAGAGUGCUCAGUUUCGAAUGCGCAGUCCAGGUAUCACUACACAGACCGGAGGUCAUUCUCGUACGUUAUAUAUGAGUACUGUUGCAAGUAUUGAACAACAAACUAGAGGAAAUCUUCGAAGAACUCUACAAGAAUUGGGACUGUCUGAUGGUGAUCAACUGCUUGUGGCAGAUCCUACAUCUCCUAAUACAGUAGUACUUCAACUGAAGUUACUAAAUAGUACUACAUAA